AGUGCGGUGGCACGCCGGUAGUUCACCCUGACAUAGCGGUAUGCUCCACCAAUAAAAGUCAAACUUUAUCAAACUGUUAAGAUGCGUUUGGAUGGCGCCAAGAUACAUUGUUUGUUUCAAACUUAAGUGGUUGUCACUGGGUAGUUAAGAGAGAGACAGAGCGUCGUGAUUUACCGUAAAUUUCGUGACGCCUGAUUGCCAUGGAAACAGUGCUCCUGCUGCUGAGUGGAAACUGUCCGUGUUAACUUCAGCAUCAACCUCUCCAACGGGGUCGGAUAAACCUGUUGGAUAUCUCUGUGUUUUUUCUUUUCUUGUGUUGCUGCUCUGGCUUUACUUUCCAUUUUAAUUUGGCCACAAACCAGACCUCUAUUUCACAGGUAAGGAUGCUUCAAACGGAGAAGAGGUUCCACAACUUGACCCUCGAGCAAAUCCAAGCUCUGGACAAGGUUUUGACUGAGGUAAUCCCCAUCCAUGGACGAGGAAAUUUUCCUACACUGCAGGUGAGAGCGAAAGACAUCAUUCGUGUGGUGAAGGAUCGGCUGCUCGAAAGAGACAUCCAGGUGAAAGAUAUACGACUUAAUGGCGCGACUGCCAGCCACGUCCUGGUGAGGGAUAACAGCCUGGGCUAUAGAGACUUAGACAUCAUUUUUGGAGUGGAGUUGCCCAGGCAGGAGGACCUCCAGGUAAUUAAGGAGGUGGUGCUGGGCAGCCUCCGAGACCUCCUCCCUUGUGGCGUUAACAGACGCAAGAUCACCUGCCUGACAAUGAAGGAGGCCUAUGUGCAAAAGAUGGUGAAAGUUUUCAAUGAGCAUGACAGAUGGAGCCUUAUCUCGCUGUCUAACAACAGAGCUAAAACCAUGGGGCUCAGAUUUGUUAGUUCCCUUCGGAGACAGUUUGAAUUCAGUGUGGAUUCCUUCCAGAUAAUACUUGAUCGUAUGCUGGAGUCUUACUGGGAGAUUGAAAGAAAACAAGGAGGAAAGUUGGCAUUGAAUGCUGGGAAUUUGUCUAAAAGAGACAAUGAGGACAAAAACAAAGAGCAAGAGCAAUCAAGCGUUACUCAGGAUGUGGAAGCAGAAAAAGACUUAUCAAUGGCAACCAGCGGAGAAAGUCGGCGCCAGGAUGAAGCAGUUUCUGUGCUUGAGACAGAGCUUCCACAUGCAGAGGUUGAGCAUGUAGAUGAAGAGCAUGAGGCACAGGAGGUGUCAGAACCUGACAGCAUUAACUUGCAGCAGGAGGAAGAGGAAGUGGAUGGCAUAGAGGAUGUUCAUUCAGAGGAGGACAUUGUGUUUGAGCUAUGUGAAAAAAAUGGAGAAGAGAAAGGACAGUUUCACAGCGAUUAUCCUUUAGUUUCAUCCCCUAAAACUUUAUUUACAGACGUCAGGGAUCCACUGAUGACACAUGCAUGUUUAAAGCUACAGAGUAACGAAGAGCUAUCUGCGCCACAAGCUUCCCAGCCGGCGUCUGUGACGCAUACAGAAAGGUCAGCUCCACAGGAAAAAGUCCAUUGUGAAGAAAUUACUCAGGUCAAAGUCGACUCUGUAAUCUGCAGGACUGAAAACACCCCAAACCUACAAGAUCCACAUCUUGAAUUUUCCUUUCCUCCUCCAGCUAAGAAAACUUGCAGCACAUCACAGGACAUUGUACCGGACUACUGCCCCUCACCAAAAUUACAAAGAAAAAUGUCACGGAAGAUGAUUAGCAAGCCUGAGAAAUGGUCUUUACUGACUGAUUUGUCAGAUCUUACAACACAGCUGUUUCCACCAAUAGAAAUCCCCAAACCACUUCAGCCAAAGCCUUGUUUACAGGACAGCGCUCAAGUUCAUUGCUCAAAUGUUCCAGCCUCCAAGCCGGAGACCUUAGACACUCUUACAGUUCCCACAUACAGUCCAGCCAGUACACCUGAGGGUGGGAUUGGCUCCAAUGAAACUGUAGAACAAACUGUUAAGUCAAAACACUCGAAGAAGCCUCCUGAUUCAGAGACUCAAAGCCACACAAGUACAGCAAGUGUAGCCCCACAGCCUCAGAUCAAUGAGCAAACACCUGCGCUGGCAGACACUGUCCCGAAGAGCUGCGGGGCAAGCUCAUGUGCCGGGGCAGCAGAGGAACCCACCAUCACUGUCGAAGCAGAGUGCAUGUACGGUGACUUUGAACAGGCGAUGGACCACCUCCGGCAGCGCCUCAUCGCCACCCGCAACCCAGAGGAAAUCCGAGGAGGGGGCCUGCUAAAAUACAGCGACCUGCUGGUGAGGAACUUCAGACCAGCCAGCGAGACAGAGAUAAAGUCCUUGGAGCGAUACAUGUGCUCCCGCUUUUUCAUCGACUUUCCUGACGUAAGUGAGCAGCAGCGGAAGAUUGAGGCCUACCUGCAGUGCCAUUUCAUUGGCAACGAGGAGGCGAGCAAGUACGACUACCUGAUGACCCUGCGGCGUGUGAUAGAUGAGAGCACGGUAUGUUUGAUGGGACACGAGAGGAGACAGACGCUCAAUAUGAUCACGGUCCUGGCUCUGAGGGUGCUGGGCGAGCAGAACGCCAUCCCCAACACGGCCAACGUCACCUGUUUCUAUCAGCCGGCUCCGUACAUGACAGAGCCAAUUUACAGCAGCUACUUCAUCACCCAGGCCCAGCCCCCACUCGUCUACCACCCCUACCCUCUACAUGUCCACAUGCAGACUGGCCUGGUGUAGCUACAGUGACAUGCCCACAGGGAGGCAUGUAGGCUGCUUUCAGCAUGGUGCUCUGCAAGCACAGGCACAAAUGGAAGUUUUAACAACAACAGGCAACCACGUGCGCAGUGUUGUUUAAUGCUUUGAAAUCCCUCCUGCUUACGACAUGAAAGGUCAGAACUGAAAGGGGUUUGGAGGCAAAACAUGUCACCCUUUCAAGAUGAACACUUUUGAAAAGGAAAGAAACGCAGAGAGCACACUUUUCAGAGAGCUUGUAGAGAGGAGUUCACUGAAGUGGAGGGACUUUGUUUACGGCUGUUUCAGCUCAGUUGUGGCAGGGCUCUAUACUGGUCACUAUACUGGAGAAUGUUGUAAUGAGAUAAUUCUUCAUGGCUAGAAGAUAAACUUCUGUAACAUAAAACUAUAAUCUAUGAAACACCUGUCGGCAGCAAAAAUCUUGAUUUAGUUCAAGUUUGAUAAUGAUAAAUCCUUACCGUUUCUGAGGGGUUAAAAGCCCACAUAGCUGUUUUGUGACUCAUCAGUCUCUGUGGAGUAAAUUUCAGCACGUGGUUAUUCCUGUGUACUCACUGUAUAGAAAUAGGACACCAUUUACUGAGGGUAUACAUUAGACAAAAGUUGCUGUGGUAUUUCCAUGAUAUUGUAAGUUCUGUAUUUGUGAAUGUAAACACCUAAUUUCAAAGGUAGAAACAAGAGAUCCAAGAUUCAGUUCCAUUGGGGACUGUAUGGAAAUCUUUGGGGUGGUGUGGGGUGCUGAACCUGUUUCACUUUGUAAAAGCAAGGCUUCCUGAGGGUUAUUAAGGCCCCUGAAAACUUAUCUGAAGUAUUUCUCUAAACAUGAAAUAUUCAUGACAAUAUAAGGAACAAUCAUUGUUAAAGUUCGGGAAAACAUCUUUAUUUAUUGUACAUUAAGAGUUUAACACUCUAAAACUCAGCCAAUCUGCUUCAUCAGGACUGUAUGGGUGUAGUUUGACCAGAUUUUACUGACAGUGGCCUGGCAACAUAAGCAAACAUCCCACCAACUCUUAACAGAUUUUGAUUCAAAUGUUGCUAAAUCCUGAUUGGUUCGUAGAAAUACAUGACAUCACCUUUUUCCAGCAAAAUGACAAAAACAGAAAUACAGACAUUCCUCAUGUGAAAUAACCAAAACUGUUCAAACUUGGGCAGACAAAUAUGUGUUCUUGCCGGACCCCAUCACUCAUAAUAAAAAGCAUGAGUUUUCUUUGAACACUAAAAGCUUAUUUAUGUAACUAUUAACUACACUACAAAGAAAAGCUGAAGCAUAUAAAUGUAGAACGAGAAAAAAAGACCUUCCCCUGCCUUGAGUCGAUAGAAUAAAAUACUCUGCCCAUUUUCUGACCCCGUCUCCCCCCUCCCUAAUAAUUUCCCCACAACCACUUAGAAUAUAAAACCAAACUCAGAGUUGCUAUGAUCCAAAUCAGUGACAGAUGUUAUGGUCUUAGGGAGUGUUUAGCCAUGCUUUUGCAUUGCAAUUCUGUUGGCAUAGUGCUAGAAGUUAUAAACCAGGAAUUGUGGCCAAUUCACCCUGCAUUUUAUCAAAUCAAUUCUCCUAUUCCAUGUCAGAGAAACAGCACAAGGAUUUGCCGGCUGAUGGCAUUAAGAAGAAAGCCUUGGCUGUCUCUAAUUUUGACGAAAAUAUCUUCACAAAUCUAAAGUGAAGAGAGCGUGUUGAAUUCUGUUUUUCCCCUCAAACUUGCCAUCUUCUACAGGCUAAGUAGACUUUCUGUGUGUGUGUGUUACAUGGUGACAGUUGUUUAUUGUAGUGGACAUAGUGAAUCUCAGUUCUGUCGGGGUUUUGCCUGCCAUUGUGAGCAAAAAUGUUACUGCACAUUUCAAUUAUCCAAACAGUCUAUGAUGCAGCCAGCAGUUAUCGCGCUCUGUCCCUGUGUGUUUGCUCACUGUGUAUGCAUAGCUACAGUACAUGUACUCAGUAUUUAAAAAUAAAAAAGACAAUUUAAGCACAUGUUAGGAUAUGUGGGCUGUUCACACUAAAUCUGAGACUGAAGCACAAUGUAAAUGCACAUAGCUAUUGUUGAGUAAUAAAGGUGUUUCUGACAUGCUUGUGAAUCUCCAACUAAAUAUUGAAGACAUCUAAAAUACUGUGUGCAGUAGUGCCCUACGUAACUUUAAAGUGAUGUAUCUAUCUUGAGACUUUGGGUAUGUUGUGUAUCAUUAAGGAACUGUUUCACCAGUAGAAAAAUUCAAAUAUUCCUGUUAUGAUAUCUAGUUGCUCAGAUUGUUGUGUUAUUGUGGUAAUAAAUAUAACACAACUGCU